GUCAAUGCUUAGCAACACUCGAUCAGUUUCUUGUUACAUCAAAAAAUGCUCGUCUUCGUCGUAUGAGCACUAUAAAAGGUGCUCAUCGAGCUGUUAUAGUAACACUUAUUUUCUGGUGGUUGCAUGGUAUACCAUGGUUGAUCUAUCAAGAUAUAUCACCGAUCACUGGCACCUGCAUCUACAUCAAUCCGAUUUUUCUUCGUUAUGUCAUCUUUUUUGGUUUGGUUAGUCUCUGUGUGCUGCCGAGUGUGUUUCUGGCCAUAUUCGGAUUUCUAGCAUAUAGAAAUAUAUCUCAAACAACAGCAUUGAGUGAACAAAAUGCACAUCGUCAAAUGACAAUCAUGGUUUGUUUGAAAAUCUUUCCAGUGAUUUUAAGUGGACUAUUUAAUGGUGGCUGGAAUAUUUAUACAUUUGCUACAUAUGAAAUGGUGAAGAAUGCUGAUCUAUUAUCCAAAGAAUAUUUGUUUCAAUCGACGAUUGCUCUUCUAGCAUAUUUGGGAAGUUCUGCAAGAUUUUAUUUGUUCUUAAUUGCUUCGAGUCGUUUUCGUCAAGUGACUAAACGAUGGAUUUGUUUUUGGCGAUUAGGUCAUCAAGCUCCUUCCAGUGACAACCUUAUUGUGGUGGAAUACAACCGAGACAAUGAUUUAACGUAUUAA